AUGGCACAUCAAUUCACAUUAAAACUUUCUAAGUGUUUCUUUGCGCAGAAACAGGUGGAAUACUUAGGCCAUUUGGUUUCCACUAACGGUGUGGAACCACUAGCCGAGAAGGUUGAAGUUGUGCGUCAAUGGCCAUCUCCACGCACCACCAAAGCUUUACGAAGCUUCCUAGGACUGGCUGGGUUCUAUAGACGGUUCAUCAAGGGGUACGCAAGCAUUGUCGCCCCCCUAGUGAAGGCUACCAUUAUGGACCCAUUUCAAUGGAUUGAUGCUACCCAAGCUGCUUUCGACCAACUGAAGCUUGCACUGUCCUUGGCACCAGUCCUGGCUCUUCUAGAUUUUUAG